AUGACAUUCCCGUUCCGCAACAGCAACAGCAGGAAGACUUCCGCCGAUAUCCCUGUACCCCCCCUAACCCUCCACCAACAACCUCCACAAUUCAUCAACCCCGCCCAUCUACUUUUGAAUCCAAAUGGGGCUGGUUCCCCAAACUGGCCUGUCAAUCCUUCUGCCAACCCACAACAUCACAGCUACGCCAACCCCGCUCCAGGAGCCGGACCUCCUCCUGUCGCCUCUACCUCCCAACUACCAUCUACAUCUUCCUCCCGCAAGCGUGGUCGAAAGGCCUCUGAAACCGAACUUCAACCUCAAACCAAGAAAGUUCGACAAAGAGAUCCUGAGAAACCAAAAAUGCAAAAAGCGCCUUGUCCUUGGCCCGGUUGUGGGAAGAUGAUCGUGAUCAAAAAUAUGCAGAGACACAUCGACGGUAUGCAUUUAGGUAAAAAGAAAGUCCAAUGUCGGUACCCAGAUUGUAGGAAAAUUCUAGCAUGGGAAGGUGAUUGUGCUAGACAUUACAGAACUGUGCAUCGCGGCCAACCCCCACCGCCUGACAAAUCACCUUCCCCUGAAGGCACACCUCAUCUAGAUGGCCCACCUGCUCCUCGAGGUCCACCACCACCACCACCACCACCGGGGGCGAGCGGGAUUGCUGCAUUGUAA